AUGACCCUAAGAUUUGCAGCAAAUUUAAAUUUUCUAUUCACCGAAGCAUCUGCAUCAAUAGCAGAAAAGAUUUGUAAGGCCCACAAACAUGGAUUUAAAUCAGUUGAGAUUCCAUAUCCUAAGAACGAAACUGAGGAAGUGGUGCAAGCAACGAACGACACCGGCAUUUGUGUCUCUCUAAUAAAUAUUUCUUUAAAUACAACAUGCGAUGAGUUUAAGUUCGGAACCACUAGCAUACCUGGAGCAGAAAAAUUAUUCGAAGAGCAAUUAGACGAAACAAUUCAAAUUGCAAAACUUGUCCAUUGUAAGAAAAUACACUUGAUGGCAGGCAUUAUAGGGAAUGGACCGAGCAAAGAACACUUUAAAGUCUUUACUUCAAAUCUUAAAAUUGCAGCAGAUAGCUUAAAACAGCAUAAUAUGGUGGGACUUAUUGAACCCAUCAAUAAAUAUGCCAUACCGAAUUAUUUUUUAGAUUCGUACGAAAAAGCCGCUGUAGCUAUUCAAGAAGUUUGCAGUGAUAACAUAAAACUAAUGAUGGAUUUCUAUCAUCUUCAGCAUAUAAGGGGGAAUGUAACCAACGCCUUAGAGGAAUAUAAACCUAAUAUUGGACAUUUUCAAAUAGCACAAGUGCCAAGCCGCAACGAGCCUGAUACACGCGGAGAACUUAAUUUUGGGUAUAUAUUUGAAAUGCUUUCAGAGUUCGACUAUGACGAUUGGAUUGGGUGUGAAUAUAAACCAAAGUCCACAACCACAGAAGGUCUUAAAUGGAUUUCCAAAUAUGGACUUAAGCUUUAA